AUGUCAAGUCAAAAACGUGUCUGGCUCGUCACCGGUACCACCUCUGGUAUCGGUGAGAAUAUUGCCUUGGAAGCCCUCGCACGCGGCGACCUAGUAGUGGCUAGCUCUCGCAACCCGUCCCGCCUGACACAACUUACAAAGGCCGGCGCCAGGGCCGUCAAGAUAGACCAGAACCAGGACGACGCUACCAUCCGAAAAGAGGUCGAGGAAGCCCUCGCGGUUUACGGCCGCAUCGAUAUCCUCGUCAAUAACGCCGCGUACGUGCACACUGGAACAAUCGAGGAGACAACGUGGGAAUUCCAAACCUAAAGAUUCUUUCCAUGGUGCUGACAUGAUAAAAUCCAGCGAUGAAGAACUCAAGCGCCAGUUCCAAGCAAACGUCUUCGGCCCCACCUCCAUUAUCCGCGCCCUCCUCCCGCACAUGCGCUCCCGACGCAGCGGUGUGAUCGCCAACAUCGGCAGCAUGGCCUCCUGGUUCCCAGUACCAGCCUGCAACCUCUACGAUGCCAGCAAAGCCGCCCUCCGACUCAUUGGCGACGGCCUCGACUCCGAACUCGCGCGUUUCGGUAUAAAAACGACCACCAUCGAGCCGGGCAUGUUCCGCACGGAACUCCUCGACCCGAAUGUGAACUUCAUCAAGACCAGCGACGAUAAGCGCAUUGAGGACUACCGCGAGAUGAAUGAGACCACCGACGCUUUGUUCCGCGGCGCGCACGGCAAACAAUCGGGGAAUCCGAAGAAGGGUGCAGAAGUCAUCUAUGAGGUACUCACACAGACUGGAAUCGCGCAGGGGAGGGAGGUUCCACUUGUGCUCGCACUCGGGAGCGAUGCUGUGUCAACGAUUCAGAAGUUUGCCAGGGAUCAGGCGGAUUUGGUGAAGAGCUGGGGGGAGGUUAGCUCCAGCACGGAUUUCGCGUAAGGGAAGCGGGGGAUGCCUCCUCGGGACGAUUGAUUCCCUUUUCUCGUUCGGGAUUGACUCGGUUAGUUAGUGACUCAAUUGGAUUAACUUGGAUGUGGUUG